AUGUUCCGCUUCAUGAGGGACGGGGAGCCUGAGGAUCCCAUGUUCCUGAUGGACCCUUUUGCCAUUCACCGUCAGCAUAUGAGCCGAAUGCUGUCAGGUGGCUUUGGAUAUAGCCCCUUCCUCAGCAUCACAGAUGGCAACAUGCCAGCGACCAGACCUGCCAGCCGUAGGAUGCAGGCUGGGGCAGUGUCUCCUUUCGGGAUGUUGGGAAUGUCAGGUGGCUUCAUGGACAUGUUUGGGAUGAUGAACGACAUGAUUGGGAACAUGGAACACAUGACAGCUGGAGGCAAUUGCCAGACCUUUUCUUCCUCCACUGUCAUCUCCUAUUCCAAUACGGGGGAUGGUGCUCCCAAGGUCUACCAAGAGACAUCAGAAAUGCGCUCAGCACCAGGCGGCAUCCGGGAGACUCGGAGAACUGUACGAGACUCAGACAGUGGACUAGAGCAGAUGUCCAUUGGGCAUCACAUUCGAGACAGGGCUCACAUCCUCCAGCGUUCCCGAAAUCAUCGUACAGGAGACCAAGAAGAGCGGCAGGACUACAUCAACCUGGAUGAGAGUGAGGCUGCAGCAUUUGAUGAUGAGUGGCGGAGGGAAACUUCCAGAUUCCGGCAGCAACGCCCUCUGGAAUUUCGACGGCAUGAGGCUUCAGGGGGUGCGGGACGACGGGCUGAGGGGCCUCCCCGCCUGGCUAUACAGGGACCUGAGGACUCCCCUUCCCGACAGUCCCGACGCUAUGACUGGUGA